GUUCAAUUUCCACAACUGACGCACAAACUUCACUGUUCAGUCCCGCUUCUGCUCCUAGUGGCGCCGCAGACUAGCUGCAGUCCAAAAAUAGCCCUGAUAUUUGGCUUAUGGGUUUGGGGGACCCCUCUGAAAACUAUGCGAUGAACAGAGCAGGGAAGUUACCCACCCUCGGACCACACUAACAUCAUUAUUCAGGCGUCGCUGUGAGACGCCUGUUUUUUCCGGUCUAUGUUAGAGCUGCACAGCGGGGACCGCCCGGCAGCCCCCAUAUGUACGUGUUCACACUGCUGGUAAACUUUGUCACUAGUUUGUGCCGGAAUUAUAAGCAGUAUGUAACCGCGCUGCUUAUUGGUGGAUUGAAACAAGGAAGUGGAUCUGUGCGCUGCUGGAGCCGUUUCACUUCAGCGGCGGGGCCUCCCUCGCCCUAGCAAGACGCCGCGCGCCGCGACUAGCACGAGGGAAGGGCGAAAUCCCACACGUGCCCCUCGAGUGUGCACCAUUGUAUUUCCAUUUCAUUUCUGUUGUUAUUAUCAUCGCGAUGUCUUUCGCUCCUCCAAUCCCUUUACUUCCGUGCCAGUGUACGGAAGUAGAAGGAUUGGAGGAUCGUUCGCUUUAAGGAAGCAGUGACCAGAAGUCGCGUCACGUCACCGCGGCUCCACAAGACAACGGAACGCAGAGUACGAAUGCGUCGGUUACACAUGUUGCGCCUUGGAGCUUCGGUCAUGCAGAGGAAAGGCAGGGAAAAGCAGCGCAGCCUUGCGGGGGGCGCGUUGAAGGCUUUUUUCUUCUUCCUCUGCGUGGUGGUGUCGUCUGUCAGAGGACAGUGUUCAAAACCGCAAUUCGAGGGAAACGUUGUGUUAUCUUCAGACCUUCAGAAGAAAGAGUUCCCUGAGGGAUCCAUUGCUUCCUUUCAGUGUGCCAUGGGCUACACGAGAGAGCAGGGAUCAACAAAAGUUACCUGCAGCAAUGGAACGUGGAGUGCUUUACAGCUGAAAUGCCAAAAAAAAUCAUGCGGUUCACCUGGAGAAGUGUUGCAUGGUAGACUUGAUUUAUCUGAAGGAGUUGAAUUUGGGGCCAUUGUCACAGCUAUUUGUAAUGACGGCUAUUUUAUUGUGGGCCAAAACUCCAUGGAGUGUAGAGAAAAUGGAGAAUGGAGUGGAAGAAUUCCUACAUGUGAAGCGCAAAAGUGCAAAGACCCUCCUACAAUAAAAAAUGGCAGAAUUAUAUCAAUUCCAGAAACAGAAUUUCCACAGUAUGGUGAUGUAAUAGAGUACACGUGCAACAAAGGCUAUCAUCUCAGUGGCAAUUCGCUGAUAGCGUGCGGCAUCAAUGGGGAGUAUGACUCUCAAUUUCCUCAAUGCGAAGGACAGCCAUGUAGCAAACCUUUUUUCAGAAGCAACGUAGUCUUGACAAAAGCUGACUGGGGAAAGAAUUCGUUCCCUCAUGGGUCCGUUACCACUUUUGAGUGUGCCCCUGGUUUUGAGAGGAAAAGUGGUUCUGGAAACAUCAAUUGCACUGCCCAACACUGGAGUGAUCUGACAUUAGAAUGCCAAAAGAAAUCAUGUGGUUCACCUGGAGAGGUUCCGAACGGGCGGCUUGAUUUGUCUGAAGGAGACAAAUUUGGUGCCACCGCUAAAGUGAUUUGUAAUGAGGGUUAUAAGAUUGUGGGCCUAAGCAGUAUGAAGUGUACAUCUGAUGGAUGGAGUGGAGGACGUCCUAUCUGUGAAAGGGUGAAAUGUGGUCAUCCCACUGAAAUUAAAAAUGGCAGCAUUAAACAGAAACCAGCAACAGAUUUUCCCCACUAUGGAGAUAUCAUUGUCUAUGUAUGUGACACAAACUACAUCCUCACUGGACGGUCAGAGAUUGUGUGUGGAGGAGAUGGACAAUAUAGUCAUCCCCCUCCUGAAUGCAGAAUGACCACCACCACCACCACCACCACCACCACCACAAAUGCUACGACAACUAUUUCUACACCCAAAGAUGAGCAUGGAUAUAUGACGCGUGAGGCCCUGCUUGCUACAGUAUUAACAAUUCUUCUGCUGCUUCUUAUUUUUGGGGCUGCUGCUGUACUAUGGAUGAAAAAGAAAAGGGGUGACUACUGCACCAGGGAAGAAGACCAGAAGCGAACCGAGGGGUUGUUAUAGCUGUUUAGAAACUCACAUUCCAGCCCAAGGUAUCUGCAGUCUGACAUUUAUCCGCAUCUGUCUCCUGUGAUUUCUUCCCAGAACACUUUAGCAUUUCGUUUGGCUUUCCAGUUCUUUCCUUCUAUUGUAUUUUGCUUUCAAAAGUAUCAUUUUGAAAAGUUUUAUUUAAUUUCUGUAUUAAAACAAAUGUUUGUUCCAGGUCAAAGGGCUGCAGUGUGACUGAUCCCACCAGUUAGUGCCUCGUGAUCUACUGAGAGGGGAAAGUGGCUUCCACAGUUUUUCAUUAUAAUGUGUAUUUUGGUGUUCUUUAUUGUUACAUAUUGAGUUUGUGUAUUAAAUACAUUGUAGGAAAUGGAAAAUGGGGGUGGGGGUGUAGGGGGUUGGACUGGGUCC